ACAGAUUUUUUAAACAAGCGGAGGAUAAAUAACGCAUAUUAUUAUAACAAACAUACGUGAUUAAUGUUAAUAAUAUAACUGAAUACUUGUGAAUAAUCGUGAAGAUGUUGCUUUGUAAAAUAAUUAACCGGAAUUUUGUAGUUUUGUCGCAAGUGAAAACCAGUACAAGAGCUAUUUCAGCCGUGCGAAAACUGAGCACGAAAAAUGAUGGAGUUGAGAAUUUUAAGGGCAAAUAUGAUAUUAUUAUAGCUGGUGGCGGCAUGGUUGGAUGCACAUUAGCAUGCGCUUUAGGUAAAAAUAAAGUACUGUCCAACUUGAAGAUUCUACUAUUGGAGGGCAGUCCUAAUAAGAAAUAUGAGUUAAAAGAGGAGUAUAGCAACAGAGUGGUGGCGCUAAACCCCAGCACCAAGGCUCUGAUGAGUUCUUUGGAUGUAUGGAUGCAUGUGGAGAAUGCACGACUGCAACCCGUCCGACAUAUGCAAGUUUGGGAUGCCUGUUCAGAUGCGAUCAUAUCUUUUAACAGCACAGAUUUCUUGGAUGACGACCUAGCUUACAUAGUAGAAAAUGACUUAUUACAGCAUUCAAUCAAUACAGAGUUGUCAAAGGUUCAAAAUGUGCAUAUUGUAUAUGGGGCUAAGAUAGCAGAUUAUGAAUUGUCAAAGACACAACCAGAUUCAUAUGACUGUACUGGGAGUAAAGUUAAGAUGAGUAAUGGAGACACAUAUUCUUGUCAACUACUGAUCGGAGCAGACGGCGCCAACUCCUCAGUGCGUAAAGCUAUAGGGGCACAGUAUCUGGCGUGGAACUAUGACCAGAUGGGCGUGGUGGCUACGCUGCAUUUAGCCGAGGAGACAGAGAACACAACAGCAUGGCAGCGAUUCCUGCCGACAGGCCCAGUAGCGCUGCUGCCGCUAGACAGCCGCCGAAGCUCGCUGGUGUGGUCCACCACGCACGAGCAAGCCAAGCAGUUGCUCAAACUGCCCGACGAGCAGUUUGUUGACUCGCUCAACGAUGCAUUGUGGAAGCAAUACCCGCGCAGCUCAAGCGUGGACGCGUGCACGUCGUGGGUGUCGUCUUGGCUGCAGCGCGUUGGGCUGCCGAGCGGCGCGGCGCGACAGCUGCCCCCCUCCGUGCGGAACAUCGCCGCCAACUCCCGCGCCGCAUUCCCGCUCGGCUUCGGACAUAGCACGCGAUAUGUCGCGCCUGGUGUCGCCCUCGUUGGGGACGCAGCGCAUAGAGUGCAUCCUUUGGCGGGACAGGGAGUCAACCUCGGGUUCGGAGACGUGAAAGAUCUCACUGAAUUACUAGCUAAUACUCUUUAUUCUGGAUUAGAUUUAACUCAUCCCACGUGGUUGGAGCGGUAUGAGAGUUUGAGGCAGCGCCACAACGUGCCGACGCAGCUGGCCAUCGACGCCUUACACCGCCUCUACACUGUGGACUCGCCGCCACUAGUACUGUUGAGGAGUAUCGGCUUGCAGAUCACCAACGCUAUACAUCCUGUCAAGAAAAUGAUCAUGUCUCAUGCCACAACGUAAGCGGGAACGUCUAUAGAAUGUAUAGAAAUUGGUAUGGGAUUAUUUAAUUAUGUUACUUGUUAUUGUGAUUUGUUAUAAUUAUACUUAAUAUAAAGGCUCUGUACGUUAAUUACAAUUUUAUCUUUAAUUACGUAUGCAAGUCUAAGUGAACCAACAGUAUACAUGUGUUAUUUAUACUUAGUGCAAUAAACUGAUUUUAUAUUAUAAAA